AUGGAAUUGAAUAGGCAGCAUCUCGCCCUUCGGAAGUAUGAGCCCAUCAUCGCACCUUCUCCCGCCAAGGAAGUGUGCAUUGCCGGCUACACCGUGAAGCCGGAGGACCGGACGUGCGGAGAGUGCGCUAAGAAUUGCCAAGACUGCUCGGCCAGCGGGCCCGGCAGUUGCAACGUCUGCAACAUCGGCUACACAUGGUGGAAAGGAAAUGUGCUGUCGUCAGCGCGAUGUGAGCCUUGCGCAGCAAACUGUCGGAGGUGUGACACUGCGGGAUAUGGAUUGUGCGAUAUUUGCCAGGACGGCUAUGAAUUGACGAAAGAUGGCAAAAAGCUCUGCAAGACGUGCUCGGAGCACUGUCAGGGCUGCCAGACAGCGGGCGGUGGUCUUUGCGAUGUUUGCGAGAAAGGCUACGCGUUGACGACGGCAAACAUCUGUGGCGCAUGCGCAGCCAAUUGCAAGCAGUGUGCACGAGCGGGUCCCGGGCGCUGCGAUCUCUGCAACGACGGCUUCGAUCUAGCAGCAGACAAGACCUGUCCAACAUGCGCGAAGAAUUGUCAAACCUGCAUACAUGCCGGGGAAGGCAGAUGUGACAUCUGUAUGCCCGGCUACGGUCGCAACCCCGCGAUGCUAACGGGCCAAUACUGCGAGAAAUGUGCGGAAGGUUGCAAAUCCUGCACCCAGGCGGGUGCCAAGAAAUGCGAUACAUGCCGCGACGGCUACGCCCUCAUCGUCGCGCAGCAGACCUGCAGCUAUGACUGA